CCGGUAUAAAGCCGGUUGAAACAUUUUAUCUCUCACCUUGAAUUAAAAAAUCAUGUGAACAUGAAAAAAGGGAAGGAACAACCGAUAAUCCGGGAGAUAGUGUAAUUUGUUGAUGAAAAUGGCAGAAAAUGUGAAAGCGUCGCAAGAACUUCUGACCAGAUGCCCAAAAAGAUGUCAGGGGCCAUCAACAACUCGACAACCGUUGGUUGUAUCAAGAAAAUUGUAUUCCCGUUUCGUGGAUUACACGACUGAAAAUGCUAGGUUAGCGGAAAUAGCGGAUAAAGAGGUGCAGAGAUUAUCUGAUCUGAAAGACGCGUCUUAUGAAGUGACUAAAGACUGGAACGAUGCGAUCAAAAAUCUACAGCGGAGACGUCGUGAGGAGCUUCUGUCUAAAAAAGAAAAGGCCGAGCAGGCGAGAAUAAAAUUUGCGAAGGAUAUGGCAGUUAAAAAUGCUGUAGAGCGAGCUGAAAUAGUUAAAGAGGCGAGAAAACUACUUUUUUACAAGAAACCUCAGUGCAGACUGAUUAAUAGUGCCCUCUUUACGUCUGAGACUUACAGAGAAUUGCAUGCUCAAUUGGCAUUCAGAAAAAAGUUGCGGGGUAUUGAACUAGAACGGGAUAAUAUGUAUGCCGAACUAUUGAAAAAAGAUACAGAGGAUUUCUUCAGAAAAGAGAAGGAAAAGGCCGAGCAGCGAUUGCAGAAGAACAAAGGGCGAUUCGGAAAAUGGAGAGCAUCAUGGAUGACGACUCGCAAGAGAUACAGAAGGCGAUACAGAGAACGAAUGAUAGAGUUCUUGCUUACGGUGAAGAGGUCCUCGAGGAAUCCAAGGACAUCAGACCACUAUUUCCCAUUAUUAAAGCAAUCGAGAAUUUCAAAAGAGAAAACAGACUUAUUCCUCUGAAAACAGCUGAGACAAUGGAACCCGUGAAACGAAAACGAAGAGUGAGAAAAAUUUGCUCCAAUCCUACACCUCCGGAACAGAUCUUCUAUCUAGGAUGAACUCAACAUUUCGAGACUUUUAUCCAACAUUUUAGAAAAUUUUUCAAUAAACCCGCUUCCUGUUGACUUCGACUUUCCUCUAAAUUAAUUUUUUUAUUCCA